AUGUCACCACUCACCACUCACUCUGCAAGACGUAGAUACCUGAGUCAGCUUAUGAUCUCUCCCCAAGACCAAAGAAGCAAACAAAAAGGAAAAAGGAGAAUAUUGGUAACUAGGCAGACAAACAGAUUUGGUUGCGGUUUCGAUACACGUAUACCCCGGCCGGCUCCUGUCAUGUCCAUCUCCCGUCCGGCCAUCGAGAACAAUCGUGGAAACUUCGAGGAAUGUUCAUCAUUGCCACUGGAAGAUCUCGGGGAUAGCAAAGUGAUCGACAUUCUAGUCAUGCAAGAUCCUAGCAUAUAUCUACAUCAAAACACAUCAAUUAGAGACAAUAUGACCCUGAAUACAUUCCUCAAACAUCCACAGUCACCGACAAAUAUCAUGUUUAAAAACUCCGAAUGGUCACCGAUUGCUCUCCCUAAGAGCCAUUCCUAA